AUGUUGGUCAUUACGCUGUUUGCAUUCAAUGCUUCCCUCAUUCUGGCUAGUUUGGAAGGGCUCAACGUGCUCCCGAAAUUUCUACCUACCGUGAUGACUUUCGCCUUGCUGGGGAUUCUCACCUGGCUACCAUUCGCAUUGUUCCUUGUUUCUGAUUUAUUCGCUAGAAGACUUCGACUGAGCCAUCUGAAGACUGGAUGGUUUUCUAAUCCAUGUCUAAUUUUGAAACUAAUCGUAUAUCAUUUGCUGAUCGAAGUUGGAUGCAUCAGAUUUUUCUUAAUUGACGCUCAAGAUUUUGGAAAAGAGGCGUUGAUUUCCAAUUUCCAUUUUGUUCGAUACGCUUGUACUACUAUCAAUGUACUCUCAAUCCCCGCAACUUAUCUUGCUCUUCGUGCUUCGAAUUCUGAAAAACUAGAGUUUGAAGGAUAUCACCCAGAAACUGGAAAGGAGUGGAAAGGAGUCAUGAAAAUGGACCAAAGUGAAGUAGAUCAGACUUCAGAAGAUCAUAAGACACCAGUUGUAUGA